UAAUAACCUGCGAUAUACCUUCUCCAUCAACUGGAACAGAUUCAUAUUUUACCUGCAGGCUGCAUGGUAUCUGCUUGGAGGCCUGGUUUAUUUAACUGCAUCAUAUUACCUUCCUGGUCUCGCGUACUCGCCUCAUCCGGGAUCAGAUUUCUUUUUACUGCCGUCCGAAGUUAUGCACUCCCUUCUCACAACUAUGUCGUCCGUCUUCGGUUGCCUUGGCUGGUCACGCAAAUUUCCUUCCCAAGAUCCUCUAGCCUCUCUGCUAAAUGAUAGAACGGUUCAGGUCGACGCAUACAUAAGACACCAGAUUUCGCAAGACGUCAAUGCAGAGUACACGAUUGUGCGUGAGGUUAGUGUACAAUAUCUCAACUCCGGCGGAGAACCUGUCCAAUUAUCUUGGGACGUGAAGUUCAAACUUCCGGAGGAAAAGUUGCUCGGGUCAAAGCGGGGCGGACAGCUAUUAGAGAACUACAAGAUCUCAAAGCAUUGUGCGGAGUAAAGACGUCCGUUUAUUCUUUCUCCUGUACCGAAAUUUUGGGUUUCA